AUGGAUGAUUAGAAAAUAAGUCAGAACCACCAAUUUGGUGUUGUCCUUUACUCACCCACACUUCUUAAAAAUGGAAUACAAAAAUGUUUGAGGGAAUAUACAGAAAGAAAAAAAACAUAAACAUAGAAGAUGGAACCACAUACAUGUUUGACUCUUGUUUUCUUUGUGCUUGUAAACUUGGCUGUUGGGGUGUUAAGUACUGAUGAUUAUAGCAGACAUGAUUUCCCCGUUGACUUUGUUUUUGGGUCAGGCACCUCUGCUUAUCAGGUGGAAGGAGCUGCUAAUGAAGAUGGAAGAACUCCUAGCAUUUGGGAUACCUUUGCACAUGCUGGGUUUGCGCGUGGAGGAAAUGGAGAUGUAGCCUGCGACACGUACCACAGAUACAAGGAAGAUGUGCAGCUCAUGGUUGAAACAGGCCUUGAUGCCUAUAGGUUUUCCAUUUCUUGGUCAAGAUUGAUACCAAAUGGUAGAGGACCCAUCAACCCGAAGGGAUUGCAGUACUAUAACAAUCUCAUCAAUGAACUCAUUAGAAAUGGAAUCCAACCACAUGUCACACUGCACAACUAUGACCUCCCACAAGCACUUGAGGAUGAAUACGGAGGAUGGCUUAGUCGUGAGGUCAUAAAAGACUUCACAAACUAUGCAGAUGUGUGUUUUAGAGAGUUCGGGGAUAGAGUCAAGUAUUGGACUACUGUGAACGAGCCCAAUAUCUUCGCUGUAGGUAGUUAUGAUCAAGGAAUCUCCCCACCUCAGCGAUGUUCUCCACCAUUUUGCCUUAUAGAGAGCACCAAGGGUAACUCAACAUUUGAACCGUACUUGGUAGUUCAUCAUAUUUUGCUAGCGCAUUCUUCAGCUGUGAGAUUGUAUAGAAGAAAGUACAGGAGACUUGUUACAUUGCAGGAGGAACAAAAUGGAUUUGUUGGUAUCUCACUCUAUACAUUUGGGUCAGUUCCACAAACAAAUACAGAGAAAGACAGGGCAGCAUGUCAACGACUUCGCGAUUUUUAUUUGGGUUGGAUUAUGGAACCCUUAUUGCAUGGAGACUAUCCCUAUUCCAUGAAGGCAAAUGCGGGCACGAGAAUUCCUGCCUUCACAAGUCGCGAAUCCAAACAAGUUAAGGGUUCCUAUGACUUUGUUGGCAUAAUUCACUACAUGAAAUUUAAUGUCACAGACAAUUCUGAUGUGCUGAACACAGAACUUAGAGAUUUCAGUGCAGACGCGGCUGCAAAGCUACUUGGUUUAGAGGAAGUACUUGGAGAGAAUGAGUACCCAUUCACACCAUGGGCUUUAGGACAAGUACUGGACACAUUCAAGACCCUUUAUGGCAAUCCACCUAUAUUCAUUCAUGAAAAUGGCCAACGGACACUAAGCAAUGCAUCACUCCAUGAUGAAUCAAGGUUGAAAUACUUGCAUGGAUACAUUGGUGCCGUGCUUGAUUCCUUAAGAAAUGGAUCAAAUAUGAAGGGAUAUUUCGUGUGGUCUUUCAUGGAUGCAUUCGAGUUGUUGGAUGGAUAUGAAUCGAUCUAUGGGCUGUACUAUGUCGAUAGGAAUGAUCCAGAGUUGAGAAGAUACCCAAAGCUAUCUGCAAAAUGGUACGCCCAAUUUUUGAAGGGUACAAGAUCCUCCCUAGUUGGUGCAAUUGAACUCAAUAACGAUUCAUCACUUGUUUCGGUUGGACAUUUACUUCAGUAGUGGGUUCUAUAAUUUGUAUGCAUUAAAGUGUUGUUACAUUUGGUGUUUCUGUUGAGAGACUUUCAGUUUUGUCGGUUAGCUGGUUAGUGGUUUAGAUGUUUAAGAAAUCUGUUUGCAUAUUAUUUAGUUAAUCUAUCUAAAAUCACUAUUCCAUCGACCAUCUGUGUAUGCAAUCAUCAUAAAGUGAGUGAUCUCACAUUAACAAUGGUAUCUAGUUCUUUGAUUUGGGACACGUGCAUACGAGAAUGUGAGGUUGUUUGCGAAAUCUGAGGUAGUCAUGACUAACUCUAAUGGUUCUUCGUUGGCCAACCUGUCUUUUCUUUAUGGCAAAAACUUAUAAUAGAGAAGUGGUUCCAGAUG